AUGCGCACGCUACUCAUUACGCUCGCGCUGGCGCGGGCCUGGCAGCCCCAGCUGCCGCAGACUGGCAACUGGACUCAGUUGAUCGAGGAGGAGCUCGACCGGAGCUUACGCGUCUACGAACGACCGGCAAACGUUGAUCAAGCCUACCGCCUGGCGGAGCAACUCCUGGCAGACCCGGACCGCUUCGUAUUGAUCCUGGGCGACACGCUCAUCGCCGACGCGCGACUGCUGUUCAACAAGAAGGGCCUGCAUCACUUGGAAUUCGUGAAAUCCACCAUCGAGCGCAAGGGCCACGCGAACGUACUGUACAACUACGAGUGGAACGCCGACGGCUUCCGGUCUGAAGAUCAAUUGGUGCGGGAAGGGUGUGCGACGCCCUUCCAAUUAACAAGGGUCAAGCCUAGAAGCUGGUCAUUGCAAAAAACAGCAAAACCACUACCCCGCUUCGUCAUCGCCAAGCGCCACGGGUAUGCGCAGUGCGGUUUGUUAGUACCGAAUUGCUAUUUUGAGGAUCUGAAGAGGUGGCGGCACAUCACGAAAUUAAUUAGAGGCGAGGCCCGGAACCGCACCUUCGCAUCUCGAGACGACCGGGCGUUUUGGAGGGGCUCGAUACGGACGCAGCCCGAGUGUGCCGACGAGAUGGGUAAUUUUGCGAGGACGCAAGCUGUAGCACUCAGUGCAAGGCACCCGGCGCUGUUUGAUGUGCGCUGUCUGGACUGUGACGUGCGGGACGAAGCCACGAAGCCGUGUGACGCCUACAAGUUCGACGAAGAUACUCGCAAAGUCAUAGCGGACGACUUUGCGAAGCUCCACGCCCCGCACGUCGGCAAGCAGCUCUUCAGUCGGUACAAGUACCAGCUCAAUUUACCUGGCAGUGUCUCGGGGUCCUAUUCUCGAAAUUUGAACCACCUCUGGUCCGUCGGCAGUGUUGUGAUGAUGUGGGACGCGCCCUUCGUCGAAUUCUACUAUCCCGCGCUGUCCGACGAGACGCACGUCACCGUUGAUAUUCAGAAUGCGGCUGAGAAGUUCUCGGCGUUACGUAAUGACCAACAACGCCAGCAGAAGCUCUUGGCAAAUGCCGAACGCGUCUCGCAGGAGUUGUUAUGCCCGUCAUGCCUAGAAUCCUACUGGCGCAAACUCAUAAGAAGGUACCGGUCCUACUUUCGCUUAGACGCGGUGUUAGAUGAUAGAGACACGUUGAGGCGGUUGCUGGCGGGUUUGGACGUCUCCAAGUUAAAACUCGUCGCGCUCGACGUCUCGACGAAGUGGAAGCUGGUGUCGCCGCGCUUCCUCACGGAGCCGGGCCAGCUGCAGGCGAUCGCCGACGCCGCCACGGUCGACCCGGACGCGACGCCGGCGCCGGCGCGAAUGUGGAGGGAGCGGCGCGCGAAGAAAAAGAAGGCGUCCGAGACGGCGGCGGACAUCACCGACGUCAAGCGGCGCGCGGCGAAGAAGUGGCUUCGGGGCGUGACCGGUUGUUUAGGUUUACAGUGUUAAGAAUUCGUAGAUUACGUACAACACUUCCUUCCCUUGGCCGCGCGCCGCGCCGAGUCGGUGAGCGAGAGCCCUCACGGUCCCCGGCCGAGCAUUUCGCCACGCUGACGCAUGGUGUAUCUGCUUCGGAGCGAGUUGCGCGCACGGCUGCGGCGGGAUCUGCGGAGUCAUCGCUAAAAAACCCGUUUUGAUUUUUUUUCUUUGACCCACACACCAGGUCACUUCUCGCUCUGCUGCGCGGGCGGACCCGACGUCCAAGCGGCGCGCCGCCGCGGCAUCGCCACGAUGUUUCUGGGGCUUCGCCGCAUAAAGGAUAUCGAUUUAGCGAAGGAAGACGAACGGCCGCGAUCGAAGGGGGCCGAGAUUCCUGGGUACAAGGCGGUGGUGUACCGGUCCGACAAAAGCGCGCGCGUCGGUGGUUUGAGCUUCGCCAUCGACAGCGGCCGCAAUGUGUCGGACUUAGACAAAGUGAGGAAGAAAGUGUAUCAUGAUCCGAUUGACUCGAAGCAGCGCGACGACCGCGUCGUCGCAGCCGCCGCCGCGGCCUCCAAAGCCGUCGUCGUCCUCGAAACCGGCGAAGGGGCGGAUGGACGCGUUCCUCGGCCAGGGCAAGACGAAGCCCGCCUCGGCGCCGCGGCGGCCGAAGAAAAGGCCGGAACCGCAGCGCCGCUUGGACUCGUACUUCGGCGGCGGCGGUUCCCAGAAGAAGCCCCGCCGCUCGGCCACCUCCGACGACGCCGCGAACGAGUCGGGCGCGGGGCCCUGGGCGUGUUCGAAAUGCACCUACCUGCACGAAACGGCGGACGAGUGGGGGUACUUAGCCUGCAAGGUGUGUGAUGCGCCGAAGCCGGACGGGGCUUGA